UAUUAAUUUAAUUAAUCCGAUUUUUUUUUAAAUAUUUUUUUAACUAAUAUCGUAUUAAAAUGAAUGUGGUGUAUGUAUAGAUGUCAAAAAUAAACUAAUUGUCAUUUUGACGUUUUGUUGUUAACCGCACUUUUUGAAUUUUUCGUUAUUAUUAUUAUAAUUAAUAAUAAUUAUAAUGGCUAUGUUGGCGGUACAAGGUGUUAAUCAAACGGGAAUUCCCGAUAAAAUGUGGCAACCGCCUUUUGUUGUAUUAGAAACAACAAUGGGUGAAAUUACAAUAGAAUUAUAUUGGAAACACGCCCCACAAACUUGUAGGAACUUUGCUGAAUUAGUCCGGCGGGGUUAUUAUAACAGUACGAUUUUUCAUAGGAUAAUUCGUGAUUUUAUGAUACAAGGGGGUGAUCCUACGGGUACAGGAAAAGGUGGGGUUUCAAUUUAUGGUCAAACUUUUAAAGACGAGAUUCACCCCGAAUUAAAACACACCGGGGCGGGGAUUCUUUCGAUGGCUAAUGCUGGUCCGGAUACAAAUGGAUCUCAAUUCUUCAUUACUUUAGCUCCUACACAGUGGUUGGAUGGUAAACACGCUAUAUUUGGUCGUGUACAUUCCGGAAUGACCGUUGUUAAAAGAAUUGGGUUGGUGGAAACCGAUAAAAACGAUAAACCAGUGGAUGAGGUUAAAAUAACAAGGGGAAAAGUAUUAAAAUCUUGAUUAUUUUUAAAAUUUGUGAUACAUUUUUAUAUUGAAUAAAAAUAAACCAAAAUAUUC